ACGGCUUGCGGCAAGCCCAUAUUACGUAGAGAGAAAAAGCGCAAACGUGAAUUGUUGGCCAAUCUUGAUACCAAGCUUUGCGUGGCGUGUUCCGUCGCCCAGCAACGUGUCAUAUGGAAUUGCACUGGCCCUUGGUUCCGUCCGAAGGCGUCUCCCAGUGACUGCAGAAAAGUGUCUUCUUCCGAACACCCAACGUGCACAAGUUCAACGUGAUCAAUGUUUGCUAAACACAUCCCCAAGCCGCGACAGUGUGCCACACUCAACGUGAGGUAUGCCAGACGAACAUGACGAAACGCGUUCCGACGAAAACAACGUUGUAGCGAAGUUACCGAUGCCAGAAGAGGAGCAGGAGCGGGGUCUGGUUGUUCGUACGAAAUUGCAAUGCCAGAAAAUCCGUGAAAGGAAAGAUGGAGUAUAUCAUCUAGCGCGUCAGCUGCAAAUUGCAAGGGUCCUCGUGUGUAGAUGACCGCCGCCGCGUCGGACGAGGUUUGUGCGUGCGGUUUUGUGGUUGCAGUAGUAGUAGUUGAUGUUGUUGUUGAAACUGCAAUUGGUAGUGGUGGUAACGAUGCAGAAAGCCCCUCAAUUGCAUAAGUUCUCUGAUUCUGCUCCGGUGGUAGUUCCGAAACGACCCGGACACGAUCGUAUCUGGAAGAUACCACGAAAGAUUCUGGCCUCACCCACACGAUUCCGUUUCGAUUUAGAAAUUCUCGGAACGUUUUCCAUUCCAAUCCCUGAAGAGCCAAACGCUCCAGACCUUCCAGCAACGUUACUUCGGUCGGAACGUCGAGUUCGUCAGGUUCCAAUCGAGCGCGCAAAAAGCCAAUCCGUGACGUGGCGGUAUGCGGUAUCACCAUUUUGGAUUGCCCAAUUGAGCUGUUUGUCACCGGCAGGAAAGACCUUCAGAGCUCGGCAAGUAGCUGUAAGUAACUUUUGAUGCCCUCUUCUGUUUUGCGAGUGACUAAUGUCAGGCUGCUCGCCCGUCGUGGGGACGACUUGACAAGGAGGCAGUCUUCCGCCAAGUUCGCGACGAGGACAGUCAACCGUCACGGUGCCAGAAUGUUACCACUCACGGACUAGUACAUAUAGAAUGUCGGAAAGUCAGGGCGAAACGUUCUGUGCCGUAUAGCAUUUUACAUUUCGUACAUUUUUUCUGCAACGUCUGUGAUAAGCGAAUCCCGACGUUUGGUCAUGAUUUUCUUACGUAUCAAAAGUACAUAUGGUAGGAGAGACGUGACGGUCACGUUUUUUACAACACAAGUUUACAAGAGUUGGCAGUACCGUUUUUGGCAUCAGGAAAUAAAUACCUUGAAUGUCGUAAUCUAAGAAAUUAAGGCUUGUAAACUACUUGUCGGUGAAUCAACGGCCGUAAGCAAAACACAAAAAAUGAACGAAUGGAAACGGCUUCAACUUUCCAAAACGUUCCGAGGUUCAGCAUGACGAAUUCCUUUGGCUUCUCGAUGUACCGCAACUUACAUCAAUCAUCCCAACUGAAAAAGUGCUGCUGCAUUUCGCACUCACAGUCAGUUCGGCUGACCGCUAAUUGCACUCUUCAUUCACGAUGAGCAAGAAUGAUGAUUCACAGUCAGAAUACGAACAAAGGAAAGAGUCUGAUCCUCUGUUGACGAGAAGCGACGCCGACGAUAGUACCCCACCCGAUGAGCUACACUCUGGAUUUCUCGCCACUUUCGCCGACGCCGUGACGGGCGGAAUGGAAGUAAUCGUAGAAGGUGUACAGAGCGGUACAGAUACUAUCGUCGAAGGUGCGCACGAUAUCGGGGAACGUGUACAAGAGACCACGUCCGAGUUUCAAGAAGCUGUUGUGGAGCAGUACAAUGAAGUUAAGGAAACUUUUUUGGAUGAACUACACGAAGCCGACGAUGGCGACAUGUACUUUCUAGACAUGGCGCUAACACGAAAUCUUUCUAUUUUGCCCAGCGAGUUGAGAGAAAAGGCCCAGCAAUUGGCCGGUCCGACUACAAAGAUCGAACUCGAUCUGGAGACGCUUACGUUAGUUGAAAAGGCAAUUGACCCCUUAAAGCCUCCUUUGAGUGCAUACGCUGGUUUAGCCUUGGCUGUUAUUUCGCUUUCCUCUAUCGGCCCGCUCCUUGCGCUGCAAAGUGAUGUAUCGGGUACGCUUAAAAUUUUCUGGCGCAUGUGCGGAACUGCGCUGGUACUGCUACCUCUCGCCAUUUUGGAAUUACGUACUAGUGGUUUCCCCCGACUAACGCAACCUCAAUGGUGCACCUUUCUUGUUGCAACCGCGUGCUAUGUCACUAUGGGCGUUGGCUUUGCGUUGGCUCUUUCCUAUACGUCUGUGGGCAAUGCGGUUAUACUAGCGAAUUCCCAGGCACUCAUGCUGCUUAUGGGAAACUUGUGUGUGGGUGCGCCCGUAUCAUAUUUGGAGGGGGUUGGGGCACUGGUGGCCUUUACUGGCGCCGUGCUCUGUUCCAAGGAUUCUUCUGAAGACGGAUCGGUUGCUGCUGCUCCCGGAAAUACUUUCUUUGGGGAUUUUCUGGCUCUAUUAUCCGGAAUGGGCGGCGUGGGCUACCUGGUAUUCGCAAAAACUAGUCGAUCCAAUAUGAGUUUAUUCUUGUUUACAUUUUUGACAAUGUCGAUCGGCUGCCUUAUGAUAAUUCCAUUUCAAAUCAUUGUACUUCGGGAAAAGGUGACACUGGGGAUGAAUCCCAGAACUGGCCUCCUCGGUUUUUUAAACUGGACCCCCGAUCGAUUGCAGUUGGAGAUUAUCAUGGUCUUGGUCUGUAAUGUCUGUGGUACAAUGGGAUACGUUCGAGCUAUGCAGUUUUUCGACAGUCUCGUGAUAUCAGUGGCCGGCUUGAUGGAACCGGUCGUGGCCGAAUUCAUGGCGUUUUUCCUGAACGUCGGUAUAUUACCAGGUUCGCAAGGUUGGCUCGGCAACUUCCUUGUUGCUGUGGGGACACUAGCCGUUGUAUUCCCGACAGACAAGAAAGGGGGGCCGACUGGUCAUUAACGCUCACAUUUGGGCAACAUUGAAUGGGGAAAAACUACCUCUGGAAAUCUAGAAAAGUAGUCAAACCGUUUGG